GUCCUAGAUUGCAAGGAGCAUGCCUCCUUUUCCCAACGGGGAGCUGGAGAAUUCUCGGGGUCCUUGGGCAGAGAGCCUGGGGGUUCACAGGGCUGUAGUGAUUAGCAACUGUCCCAGGAACCUCCUCCCCCCACCUGAUCACUGCCCUCCCUGCCACUACCACCGCCCGUGCACUUGUGUGUUUUGUUCAUUCUCACCUGAUAUUUUCCAUUGUUGUUUUUUAGACAGAGUGUAAGGGAGGGAGAGAAACAGGGAUGUGUUGGUUGGUUGCCUCCCACACGUCUCCCGACCGGGGCCAGGGCAGCCCUGGCACAAAGUCCUUUAGGUCAGUUCCCCAAGUGUGGGCCCAGGGAGCUGGUGGGCAAUGCAAAUCCUCAGGCUCCACCCCAGCUUUUCUAAUCUGACGCUCUGGGGAUGGGACCCCGUCAUCUGCCUGGAGCACCCCCCCCCCCCCCCCCCCCCGGCUGAUGCAAGUUCCAGGUUGCGACCCACGGCCCUCGCUCCUCCGAGAAAGCCCCCUGGACACGGGCCGCGUUGUCACUUCCCCGUCACAGGCCCGGACCCCGGAGGCACCGGCGCAGUUCUCAGCCCUGACAGAAGUGCUUUUUCACUUCCUAACUGAGCCAAAAGAGGUGGAAAGGUUUCUGGCUCAACUCUCUGAAUUUGCCACCAUCAAUCAGAUCAGUCUUGGCCCCCUCAGAAGCAUUGUGAAAAGCUUCCUUCUGGUUCCAAAUGGUGCCUUGAAGAAGAGUCUCACAGCUGAGCAGGUCCGAGCUGAUUUCAUAACUCUGGGUCUUAGUGAAGAGAAAGCCACUUACUUUUCUGAAAAGUGGAAGCAGAAUGCCCCCACCCUUGCUCGAUGGGCCAUAGGUCAGACUCUGAUGAUUAACCAGCUUAUAGAUAUGGAGUGGAAAUUUGGAGUGACUUCUGGCAGCAGUGAACUGGAAAAAGUGGGAAGUAUUUUUUUACAAUUAAAGUUGGUGCUUAAGAAAGGAAAUCAAACUGAAAAUUUAUAUAUAGAGUUAACCUUGCCUCAGUUCUACAGCUUCCUGCAUGAGAUGGAGCGAGUCAGAACCAGCAUGGAGUGUUUCAGCUGAUUUCUGUCCCCCUGCAUCUCCACCUUUGCCCUCCCCUGCUGCCUCCGAUUCUGUGGGUGACUGCUCUGAGAAGCACCUCACUCAGGCCAGUGGGGCACUGAUUAGGCCCUCCUUGCUUCUUGGGAGCCCAGGUGCAAAGGCUUCUGAAAAACAACAGGAUUAAGUACUUAAAGAGCCCUACACAAUUACUCUGUAAACUCUUUGUUAAGGGAACCUCCACCACCUAUCACCCAGGACACUUGUUUGAUAUUCAAACAGGCUAGCAUCUGAGAUUCAGGGAGGAAAUAAAUGAGUUCCCUCCCCAUCAAAGUUCCAGAGUAAACAAAAGGUGCCAUCACUGAAGAUCCAGGCUGAUCAUCCUGUAUUUCUGUUCUUUCUGCCUAAAAAAGCAAGGGCUCAUUUAUGGCUGAGGAAGAGGCUGGCUCUGUGAAUGACACGUUAGGAAUCCCCAACAAGAUUUUUACACUCUGUGGUUUUGGUGACGGUGCACUGCUAAUCAGUUUUUUGGUGUUUUUUUUCUUCAUUGUUGGAAGUAUUACAUAUGUUGCUAAUCCGUUUUUAAUAGGGCAACUAUGUACAGAUACAUGUUUGGCCUACUCUGAAAAGAACGGAGGCAAGACUAUCUUCAUUUCUGGUUUUCCCUAUUGUGUUGUAAUGAAGCAGGCCUUUUUUGAGGCUGUUACAGCUUGUUUUGGUUCAAGCUGACCACCAUUGUUGGUUAGAUGAUUAAUAAAAAAGAUUGCAAAGAAAA